UCUCGCACUUCCAUGGGAGGUAUAGCUCGGCUUGGCGGCACUUGUUGAGGGGUAUCAGCAGGUGUGCGCACUGUUCUCUGUAUGCUUUUGGGACCUUCGCUUCCACCAUCUCCGCCUGCGUCGCUAUCAUCUUCUUCGACGUUCCUCCCAUCUUCCAUUAACCGAGUUUGAUGCUUCUUUAGAUGCUGAAAGCUCAAAUCCGGGUAACCAGAUCUUCGAAAAGCUCAUUUCAGGAAUGUAUCUGGGAAAGGUUGUUAGAAGAGUUAUACUGAAGAUGGCCUAGUAAACAGCUUUGUUUGGAGAUAUAGUACCACCCAAACUCGCUAUUUCUUACUCAUUGAGGUACCCAAAGUAAUUUUUAAUCUUUGCCAUUCCCACUAUCAUUGAAAUCUUGCAGAACGGGACAGAUGAGGCUAGGGAGAACUCUGCUGCGACACUCUUUAGUCUGUCAAUGCUCGAUGAGAACAAGGUGAUGAUCGGUUGCUUAAAUGGGAUUCCUCCUCUAGUGGAUCUCUUGAGGACUGGGACAAUCAGAGGUAAAAAGGACGCUGCUACUGCACUUUUUAACUUGUCACUCAACAUGCUUAACAAGUCCAGAGCCAUUAAGGCGGGUAUCGUACCACCAUUACUUCAUUUACUUGAAGAUAAGAACUUGGGUAUGGUGGAUGAAGCACUCUCGAUUUUGCUACUCCUGGCAUCGCAUCCUGAAGGACGAAAUGAAAUUGGAAAGCUAGCGCUUAUUGAAACUCUAGUUGAAAUUAUAAGAGUUGGGACCCCCAAGAACAAGGAAUGUGCUACGGCGGUUCUUCUUGAGUUGGGAUUGAAGAAUUCAUCUUUCGUGUUGGCUGCGCUUCAGUAUGGUGUGUAUGACCAUUUGGCAGAGAUUGCUAGAUGUGGGACAAGUAGAGCCCAGAGGAAAGCAAACUCCUUGUUACAACAUAUGAGUAACUGUGAACAUAUUCCCAGGUUUGCAAACAAAAAAUAAUAAACAAAUAAGUCACUAUAAUCCAUUUAGUAAAAUUUCACAUCAAAGUUCAGUACAGUUCUAGAAGUGCAGAUACUGCCCAAUGGAGCUUUGAGUAUUGUAUUGUUGAAUUUUCUUCAUGUACAUGUUCUGAAAUUGUAGAGAAACUACUGGUAUGUGGGUUGUGUCAUAUUUUGAUUCAUCAGUUGUGGUAGUGACACUUCUUAUAUUGGAAUCUUCAUUAGCACCAAACUUGUAGGGGCAAGGGGUCAGCCAAGCGCAACACUCACAUUUGAGGCUCAGGAUCCUCUUUCUAGGGCUAUAAAUGAGUCAAGCAGUAAGUUGUUCAAGCUUUGUUGGCAAAACUUAAUGAGUUUCAAAAUAGACUCAAACUUAAUUUGUUUA